CGCCCGCCGGCAGCUCCCGCCUGGCGGAGGGGGGCGCGGAGGGCUCUCCCCGCCAUGGCCUUCACCUUCGCCGCCUUCUGCUACAUGCUGUCGCUGGUGCUGUGCGCCGCCCUCAUCUUCUUCGCCAUCUGGCAUAUAAUUGCCUUCGAUGAGCUUCGGACAGACUUCAAGAACCCCAUCGACCAGUGCAACCCAGCCCAUGCAAGGGAGAGGCUGAGGAAUAUCGAGCGGAUUUGCUUCCUCCUGCGAAAGCUGGUGCUGCCAGAGUACUCCAUCCACAGUCUUUUCUGCAUAAUGUUUUUAUGUGCUCAGGAGUGGCUCACGCUGGGGUUAAAUGUUCCUUUGCUUUUUUAUCACUUCUGGAGGUAUUUUCGUUGCCCAGCAGACAGCUCAGAGCUGGCCUAUGAUCCACCUGCAGUCAUGAAUGCAGACACCUUGAGUUACUGCCAGAAAGAGGCCUGGUGUAAGCUGGCCUUCUACCUCCUUUCCUUCUUCUACUAUCUCUACUGCAUGAUCUACACUCUGGUGAGCUCUUAACUGAAAGAUCAUCACUAAGGACUGAAAACAACAAAGGCUGGAGGUGCAAGGACGAGUGAACCAAGAGAUGCAUGAUUAAAAACAGCAAAGAGGAAAACUUUGAACCCCAGCAGUAAAUACGGUACAUGAAAGAGAGAUCCAGCAAAGAGAAGCAGAAUACCAUGGGAGAAUGGCUGAGUUAAUUCUGUUUGUCUCCUGUUUCUCAAUGUAUUGCAGCAAAUCAUUUUCAAAACCCAAGCAAACAAAAAAAAAUUGCAACAACCUGGACCAAAUUUUACAACUAUUCACCUUUCCAGGGAUAAUGCUGCUUGGUUUAGUGGAUUCAUUAAAACUAUAAUGCCUGUAGUCCCUGCUGUCUUCCAGGAAGCAACAUUCCUUUUCUUAAGGACUAUUCUGGACUGAGGAAGCACAGGACAAGAUGAUCUUACACGGAAAGAAGAGCUGUACAACAUUCUGAAAACAAGCAGUGAGUGGACUUUGGAUGGAUAUGUGACUGAACUGCAGGGCUGUUCUCAUGACACUAGUCAAACAGGGAUGUCAAGUCUCAUGGAACUGCUUCAGUGGUUUUGGUUUGUUGGGGUUUUUUUCCCCCACCAAAACAACAAUACCAAAAGAAUUUGCAGUUUCAGUGUUCUGUAUUCUAACUAUAUGCUAUUCCUGCAGGUGAACAUCCAGUAUAUUUCUGUACUUCAUUUGUGAUGCACCAACACCAUUCAGUGAGAUGUAGAAAUACAUUGGGUUUACCCUGAUCAGGCCAAGCAUUUAUCAGAAUAGUGUUCCUCUGACUGAAAAAACAAACCCAAACCAGGUAAAAGCUGCAUAUAUUUAAAGAGGAUUGUAACAUAGCUAUUAUAUUUAUCACAAUGCUGGAUAGCAAAUACUGGACCAGCUAAUUGUGGUCUGUAAUUCUGUUUUGAAGUUUUACUUCUGCUGUAAAAUUUAAGCUGGAACAAAUACACAAAAUGUCUUUGUCUUGUAUGAGGUUCCUAUUGAAAGAUGUUCAGUUUUUUUAUAAUUUAAAGGUUUUAAAAUUUUGUCAUAGAAUUCUCAUUUGAAUUCAUUUAUAUGGGCUGCAUAUCUUUAUACAUAUAUAUGUAUAUAUAAAUAUAUAUCUGCAUAAAUACUCACAAUCUAUUUACAUUUUAGGUCCAUCUGUUUGCCAGGUCAAAGGCAUCAAGUGUCCAGAACUGCUGCUAAAUAUAUUUCAGUGCUGAUCCAGGUGAACCCAGACUCAUUCCCUCAAAGUCACUGGUGCUGUGGGUAGUAGCAAGGCUGUAAACUCGAGACUAACACCAGAGCCUUCACAGACACUGCUUAGCUCUUGCAUAAGGUGGGUUUCUACCAGAGAUUGGCAGAGAACAGUGUGGAGAGGCCCAUCUGUCCCCUGGCUUGUUCACAGCUGGUCCUGUUAGCAGGAGCUGCCUGGUCACCACCUUUGGUCUGGCUACUGAGAGCCAGCAGAAUGAUUCUGAACCAAGCUCUGAGGUGUUUUCAGGCUGGGCACAGCAGCUCAGCUGGAGAGAUGCAGUCUCACCAUGGCUGCUGCGUCAUCCCAUGUCUGGCAUGUUCCCUGUGGAGCUGGAGUUACUGUGUGCCUGCAGUGCCAGGACUCACUCUGGUUUGGUCUGUGCAGUAACAAAAUUAAAUCCUGUUAACCAGCAAAGCACAGUGGCUGCAUGAUAACUCUGCUCCUGGACCGUGCCAGCUCCCCAAUCCUGCCUGGGCAUUGCUUGGAAUGGGGCUAGCUGGCCUGUGCAAGCAUUAUUAUACUGGGAUCAUUCUAACAAUAUUUAUUAUGAAGUUGUCCCAAGGGCUGACAUUCUUUAAUUUACAGUAGUUUGUUUUUAUUGGAUGCAUUUUAUCUUCAUACAAUGUAGUAUACCCAGUUCUAGAAGCAUAAGGCUGCCAAAUCAGAUGUUGGGAAGCUGAUUUGGAUUCUGAUGGUUCAUAGGUUUGGAUUGCACCCACCACAGAGGUGGCUGAACUGCUCUUGCAAUCACACUGACCCUGCUGGCAAUACAGAAAUGUUCUCUUGGAAUGGGCCUGAGCUAAGGAAUUUCACUGUACUGAUACAGAGCUAACUGAUGGAGCCCUGCUGCAGAGGAAUAAUUAAUGCACAACCCAUGAAAAGCUGAUGGUUGUUUGUAACUGAAUUUCAUCUCUGCAUCCUGACUAAAUCAUCCAGUUCUACAGCAGUAUAGGAACCAGAUUCACAGGAACAAGUCACAGUGAAUAACUUGUAGAUGUCUUGCUACCUCAUAAAACUUUCAUCUCUGAGCAGGUGACUGAAUCGUUCCAUGCAUCUUCUAGGAUUUCACAGGAGAUGAAAUGAAAUUACUUCAGGUUCCCUAUAGCCCAAAUGCAUGUUUUCAAGUCAGUUUCAUUGAAAGGCUUGGAAUUUUGUGAGGUUGGAUGGGUGAAAGUAUGAUUGCUUCUUGCCUAAAAACACACAGUUUUCAGAUCCUGAGGUUCAGGGAUGAGCUGGACUGGUAUGAGGUCAAUUAUUUGCCUGCAGGGCUGAGUAGAAGCUCUGUGAGUUUUUGUAACUGGCCUUGGGCUGUAAUUCUUGACUUUGCACAAAAAGCAGUUGUUUAUGUGGGUCUUCUGAAUGUAACCUCAGGGGACUUCAAGGUCUGCAGUGGAUGUGCUUGGUCAUUUGAAAGAGGUUCUCUAUUGCAGGCAACUUCAUCAAUACACUUACCAAGCUCCACUGGAAAGCAGAACACUUCAUUUGGUCCUACUACUGCUUUGAGUGAGUGUUUCCAGGAUUUCACUGCUCUGGUACUUGAAUUUUUUUUUUUUUUUUUUUUUUUUUUUUUUUUUUUUUUUUUGCGUUUCCAGAAUAAAUUUAUUCUUAGAUAAUUUAUUCCACUUGCUUUUGAGCCAACAUUAGCCUGAGUACACUUUCUCUCAUGCUGCUUAAAAUUUCAACAUAUAGAGAAAGAAGUCCUUUUUACCUUCCAUUCUGUUAAAAGUGAGCUGUCACCUGUCCUCCCAUAGGAAACUCUAUUCUCCAUGUCUUCUUUAAAGGGUUUCUCUGUUGUCUUUCCAGUCAAAUUAAUCUUUCUUAAGAGUGAAUAAUCACAAUUGUUCAGAGUAUUCUGGAGAGUGUCUUACUCUAAUUAGUCCUUGCUGUGAGUGGACAGUGAAAACUAACAGUCUCAGUUCUUUCCAAUAAAACUUAUUCAAAAAAGUAUUCACACAGCUCUCAAUAGCAUUUUGUGUCUCUUUGAUAUAAAUCUUAAAGCUGAUGGAAAAACUGAUUAUGUUCCCUUUCAUUGAAUUUUGUCUGCAGAGCCAGGAGUUGGACUUGAUGAUCGUUGUGGGUCCCUUCCAGCUCAGGACAUUCUGUGAUUCUGCUUUAACCAAAGCCAGGGAAGAAUAGAAAAAAAUAGUGUGAUCUUUGGUCACAAGGAAGUGUCCUCCCCCUGUCAAACUUUUGAGGGAGAAAUAAUCUGUGCUAUCCUUUUUGUCUCCAGUUCCUCCUUGUUGGUUAGUGGAGGCUGGAGAUUUCCUCUGCAAGCCUACUUUCUUCCUGUCUCUUUCCCCAGAAGGCUGGAUGUCAUUAUUUAGGAGCAGAGUUCUCUUCUCUCACAGCAAGAAGAAUCUUCUGGGACUUAUUUGAUGAUAAAUCCCAGAAGACACAAGAAAACACAUCAUCACUCUUUGCUCCUUCUGGAGCAGAUGUGAAAUGAACAUGUUCUUAAAUGAGUAUUCAUUUUCCUCAGCUCCACUAUCUGUGAAGUGAAAGAGGUGAUACUUACCUUGUGAACUCUUCCCAUACAUGUUGUACUCUCUUUUUUUUUUCUUUUUCCAGUAACUAUUGAAUCUGCUUAAAAGAAAAAGGUAAGAGGUGGAAAAAAUGGGAGAGGAUGAGACUUGGAUGAGCUGCUUACCAAAGAGGCAUCUACACAGUGUGCUGGCCUUUAGCUGUUCCUGGAAGGGAUGAAAAGCAAGGUCUCCUAUUUAUAGUCAGGUAAUUGCAGUGAUGCUGAAUAAAAUUGUUGCUGCUCUGACUGUUUCAGUUUCAAGCACAGCAAAUCAGUGCUGAUAGCAGAAUGCUUCGCCUACAAAUAAUUAACUGUACUUAAGCUGUCAGAAAUGUUUUUCCAUCUGCUUCCUUGAGCCAUAUUCUUCCUUUUGCACUAAGCCCCUCGAAGAGAAAGAAAAAGUUCUUCAACCUACACCUUACAGAAACUGCUCUGAGGUUGUUAUGAUCUGGCAAUGCUGUUGGGGUCAUGAGUAAUCCUACAUUGUUAGCAAGGGUAUUAGCAAUCUGUUGCUUUCCCUUUCUUCAUUCCAUCUCCACAGAGGUAUUUUUGCCAAAAAAAAAAAAAAAAAAAAGGAAAAAUCACAGCACAUGAUCCAAAAUCCUUGAAUUUACUGGAGGUAAAUUAUUAUUUGUUGUUUCCAUUUAAUGCCCAUUCCCUCAAUGUGGGGAAUAGGUUCACACUGGAAAGUCUCUAGGCUUUUGCUGGUAGGAUUCUUUAGGUCUUGAUACCACAUCCAUUAAACUGAAUUAUGUUAAUGGAAAGGGAACCUGCAUUUUUGAGGGAUAAGGGUAAAAUUUCAAUGCUCAUGCCAAGCUAUCACAGAAAGUUAUACCAACUUGGUAAAAAUCUGGCUCCAUGGAAGUUGGUGGAAAUCAUGCCUUCUGUUUCAUGUGAGCCCCACUUAACACCGCACAAUUUCUACCAAGAGGUUGGUGGAAAUUAAAAAUAGAAAAAACCCCAAACAAAUACAGUAAGUUUAGUUCAUCAAGAAUGUUAUUGGCUGUUAGAUAAAGCUUGAGUUGCUACAAAUAGAACAGAAGAUGAAAAGGUCAAAAGAAACCAAGAGUUGAGUUUUUUAUUCUUUGGGAAGCAGCAAGUACUCGGCUGCCAUCCAUGCUCCAUGAACUUUACAUUGGUGAUCUCAUUCCAGAUUCCUGCUCUGGUGAGUUUUUCCAUCAUCCAUUGCUCAUGAGCACAUUGUUCUGAUUUAUUUUUGUUCUGCUCAGUAAUGCAGUUGCAGGUGGGAAGGAGGGAAAAUUCUCCUAUGAAAUACAAUAUUCCCCUUCUUUUCUCCCAGAAAACAUGUGAACAUGCUGUAACAAAAUUCUGAUGAUGUGUUUCAGUGAUACACCUCAACCAAAGAGUGAAGUUGUUUGCUGCAGACAAUAUUCUGAUGCAAUUUAAUAAACCACAGGUCUAGAAAUAUUUUUUAGUGCUUGCACACUUGAAGUAGUUAUUUUAUUACCUCUAAUUGCUGACCAACUUCCCAUGCAGGAGAAAAUAUGCUUCUGUGGCCCAACUCCAUGAAUUUUAGUGAAGUCAAACUCUCAGUAAAACUCUGAGGAAUGUAAAGUGCUUUUUAAUUUUUUUUCCUAAUAAUGAAACCCCAUAUUUGAGUACUGCAUUAUGGCAACAGAAUAAAGUAUUAAAAGCCAAAAUUUCUUGUUUAGUCUAAAUCUCAAAGAGAUGUUGCUCCAUUUUUCCUAAAAAAUUAUCCCUAAUAUCACCAGUCUCCUGACAGACCUGAAGAAAUUUCCCUGUCCCACUGUUCUGACAGUUUUAGUGUUUUUAAACAGAGCUGCAGCCACUGAUCAUCAAUGUGAAACCCUGACUGGAAAAAACAACUUUUACAGAGCACCCCAAGAUUUAUGGAAACAUUUUAAAUAGCACAGAAGUCAUCCAGUCUUAUGGAAGGGCUCUCACCUGUGCAUAGCAAUAUAAAGCAACAAGCACGUAAUAGUACAAGUAAUACCUGGUACAAGUCUUGUAGAACAAGCAAAGCAGGAUUUCUCUCUGUUUUAUGAGCUCUUGGGAGAUGGAGGCAUUUCUCUCUCUGAGUAGUGCCUGGAACUGCACAGCUGAAAUCAGGAAUUACACAUCUAGGUGGUAUUAUGAUCCUAAAUAAUGAAUACUUUUUCUCAUAGGAGGAAACAAUGGAAUUCAAUGGAAUUAGUCAAAAUGCAUUUGUUCCACUGCCACCAAGAUGGAUACCUGACCUGGGCUGGUGCUGUGCCUCAGGGCCUACUGACAAACUGAGGUGUGCUUCAGCCUCUGAAUGCAGGUGUGCUGUAAUUUGAUGCAGCCAGAAAGCACUAAAAUAUAAAGAAUAGUGAUCCAAACUGCUCCCCAUGUCAGUAUUUUGCACCCUUCUAAUUCCUUUUGGCUUUACCCAUUUAUUCUCUUUCUUUAUCACCCACUGGAUCCUGUUUCAUACAUCUUUCAGUGCUGCAUUUAAAGCAAACCCAGUGCAAGUUCAGACUAAAAAACAGUGGUUCUAAUCCAAAUCCUUCAUCUGCUUGUGGACAUUUCUUUGAGAAUAAAAUUAUUCUAGAUGGUAACUAGGUGCAAAUGGAAAUUAGCUAAAGCCUCGUUUGUACAGGAGUUUGAUGUUGAAAUGUGCAAUAGCACAGUUAGCCUAGAUCAGCAGCAUAGAAGUUGUCUCAAUCUGGCAAAGGAUGAUAAAUUUUUGUAGGCUGCGGAGCAGCAGAGCUGUGUUCACAGGGGGAACAUGUCCCAUUUACAGGCACUGGUGUCACCUGCCAUGGUGUGGAGUUGUGCAGGUUGCUGGGGGUCAUUUGGCCUGUUUUAACCCCUUGUUUCGUCCACUGCAGAUUCUAUCACCCUUGAAUUUUGCCACCUAACAUUUUGGUACUAGAUCCUCAAAUUCAGCCCUGAAGCAGGCUUUUUUCAAUAGAUAUUGAUAUAUGUUUAUAUUGUCUAAGACAUUGCAUGAGAUGAACUCUAAAGGAAUAUAAAGUGGGUUUUAUAUCCCCUUUAUUGUCUGUUUAUAGGCUUUUAAAUACUUUAGUAUUUAAUUAUGUGCUCCUUGAUAUGCACAUACCCACACAGGCCAUCUAAAAGCUGAAUAAAUUCUUGUCUGUUAAUAUAAUGAACAAAGGAAGUGCUCUUCUGUUAUCUUUGUGUUUUAUCUGCCACUAAAAGCAGGUCCAAACUGUAACAUCACUUAUGGGGUUAUACCAAACAAGAAAAGGAAGCUGUAUUUCUAACAUGUUAAUUUAGAACACUUUUUUGACAAGUGCUGCUGGCAGGUUCUGAGUUGCUGCUGUGGGGUCAUUGUAAGCCAUGCCACCUCAGGUCAUCUGAGAGCCUUUUCUCAAGGGAUGUCAAAGAUAUUCCCUGAAUGUGCUCCUUCUCUGACUUUUUGGCCUUGAAACCCUAGAUGCAGUUAGCAAGGUCUGCAGGAGGAAAAAGCUGAUCAGUCCUGCCUGUCACCCAGAGCACUGCCAUGAUCCCAGCAGCAUGCAAUGCUUUGGCUUUGAAUAUCUGAAUAUCUGGGGAGGAAUCUGUUGUAUUUUCUAGCAUGUGUUUGCCUGAUGAGAGCAGCCAGUGCCCCUUUAUGUUAACUAUUAAACAAGAUUGUUAAGUUGUAUUGGAAAAUGUGACUCAUUCUUUCAAAACUUGUUGCCUUUAAGUAGAAGCAGUAUUUAUCCUCCAAAAGCUUCCUGAAGUGCUAGUGGCAGCAGCAGAAUUUUAAUGUACCCUCUCUCAUUCAUCAUUUGAAGUCUACAACAACAAGCAAUGAAUCUUUGAUGAACCUUGUCACGCUUCCUUUGGAUUGUAAUAGCAGUUUUAUAAGCUUCAGAGCAGUUCAGAAAUAAUUUGCUAUGACUGUAUCUACUUUUUUUUUAAUCUGUGAGCACUCAGCCCAGCACUGAUACAUCACCAGAUUAGAAAGUCUUGCCCUUGUGUUUCUGGUGUAAAUGAAAACCUAUGUACCAUAUAUUACAAGUAUAUUUUCUAGGGAAAUCCCAAUAAAAGCUGCCAGAGCACAGAGAUCCCUUUAAAUAUAUAUGUAAUAAAUCUGUUGAUAGUAUCUAGAGACAAUCUCUUAUCCAGGAGCAUGGGGAGCAAUUGUGAAUUGAUUUUACUUCUUUCCAUUGGACUGUAGGGCUCUGUUUUCUCUCUGCAGCAUGUUUUGACACCCAUGAAACACACUUCCAUGUAGAUAAGAGUGAUUAUCACACUGCAGAUAAGAGUGCAGAUUUUAUCAGCAAUAAAGAGUGUGUUCUCAAAUGAGGACAUUACUUUUGUCAUUCCUUGUUUUGUCAUCCUGUUUUUAUGCCUUGCUGUGCUAGAGGGUAGAGUCAGAACUACUGAGCACUCAAAGACCUGGAAAUUUGUUUACAGUUGAGACAACCUUUGCAGUCACCAGCAUUGUUGGCUACAAAAAUAACUUGUCCUUUUAAAAGAAGUUUGCCCUGAGACUUUAUGACUUGCAGAAACUCUGGAUAUAGUUUCUCUCCAGAAUUAAGGCACAGCAGCAUGGCUGUUUCAAGCCUUUCAAAAAGACAGAGAAACCAAUCUACAAAAGAUUCCUGGCGCUCUGCAAAGCCCAAAUGGAGCAGAGCUGCUUUGCCACGUCCUUGCCAAUGACUGAGGGCCAUGUGCUCUUGGUUGGACUCCAUCCUGCCUUGCUGAUUCUGGCUGCUGGAAUGGUUCCCAAGGGGGAGGUGCUGGCGAGGCUGAGAUCAGCUCUCUUACCCUGUUAAAUGAUGGGCUGCUCUGCCAGUUCUGUGUUUUCCCAGUGGUUCGGUUCAGCAAUGCAUCAAAGGGAUAGAGCAACACUGGAGAGGUGCAGCAAAAAUAGACAUGUUGUUUAGUGGGUUUCUGCUGAUUGGUGGUGAGGCUGCAGACUCCUUAAAUCCUCUCAGGGCAGGCAGGUGUUUAUCAAUUCUACCCAAAUAUGAACAUUUCAGUUUCAGUCACUGAUGACUUAAGACUUUAUGUGCAGAGGUGAAUAUAUCAGGGAAACUACUUCAUCAAUAGUGACUGAAAGAGGUGACCAAAUGAUACUGGGAGAGUUAUGUCCUCUUCUAAGGCUGACUUUGAGUCUGCAGUUUCUCCAGAAUGUUCAGAAAACUCUCACAGGUCGGUCUUUGUAAUCUGGCUGUGAGAUUGGCAAGAUUGAAGAUGCUGGUGUAUCACCUUUACAAUAUUCAUUAUCAAUUCUGUGAUGAAUAACAGCAUCUUUUGUUAGUGAGCAAUACCAGGAUUCUGUGUGCUUCUACAUCUAUUUUUUUAUGCCUCAUCUCUCUUUCUCUGAUGCUACAGCUGCAUAUAUUUUUAGCUGGGGUGAUAUGAACAACAUUUUUGAAUUCUCUGUGUUAUUCAUUGUUCUACUUCACAUGCAACUGUGUGUGGUUUUUUUUAUAUUUAAAUUGCAGCUGUCAUACAGGAGUCUUCCCUGAGCUCUCCAACUCUGAUAGCCAGUUGGGCAGAUACCCAGCUGGGCAGAUUGAACUGAGAUUAGUCCAGCUGGACCAAUUCCUUACUUGGAUUUGGAAUCCAAACCAGCUACUUUUAAAACUGAAAUGCCUUGCAAUCUCUGCUUUGGCCUCUGAUUCUGCAGAAGCAGACAAGUACACCCCCAAAUGGAAAUAUUGCUCAUCCCAAUUUCUCAAGCCAGGAGAGGCAGAUUUGUAAUAGGGAGAGGAGAGGAGAGAGGGAACACAGAAGUGGAUGAAGAAAAUUAACCUUGGAGGGAAGCAGGACAAUAUGUCAAAAGCAAAACAUCUGUUCUACCCAAACAGCAGGAGAAAAUAUGCUUCUGUGACCCAGCUCCAUGAAUUUUAGUGAAGUCAAACUCUCAGUAAAACUCUGAGGAAUGUAGAGUGCUUUUUAAUUUUUUUUUUUCCUAAUAAUGAAAUCCCACAUUUGACUACUGCAUUAUUCAAUCUAUGGAGGCUGCUUUGUUUUAAUAAUCAAUGUUGUGGGUAGGUGGUCAUCUGAACAGGCCCGCCAAACCUUUUUUGGGGGUAGAUUUUUUGUGUCAUUUCUGCAAAUGUGAGGAGCAUAUGAACUAUUGUACUCUUGCACAGGCUCAGUGUGUGAUGAUGGCCAUUUCUAGCUGCUGUUAUUUCAUCCCUGCCAUGGAGAUUAAAAUGCAGUGACUCGACACCACAUUGUCAGGUUUAUAUACAGCUUGUAAAAGAAUUUGAAUGCAUCAAGUGUGGCACAUUUCACU